CCUACCUACCUCGACGAAACCCCCUGCACCUUGGCCAGGGGUCAGUACCACCACCGCCUCCUCCUCCUGGCACCACCAUGAGUGCCCUCGGAACCAGCAAGCCGCCGGUACCCGUCCCUUCCGGCGACGGUGGCGGCGACCGCGUCAGGUUGGGUAGGGAGCUGUCGCACCCGCCAAGGGAUGGCGUCUCCAACCUCUGCUUCUCGAGGCACAGCAAUCGCCUCCUUGUCUCAUCAUGGGAUAAGUCGGUGCGGUUCUUCGACGUCGAGGCCAACCAGAUGAUAGCGGUGUUCUCGCACAAGCGGCCCGUGCUCGACUGCUGCUUCCAUGAUGAUCAGUCGGGGUUUAGUGCCUGCAGCGACCGUGUCGUGCGGAGGUUGUCCUUAGAUUCUAAAAAAAGUUUUCGCUUGGGAAUCCAUGAUGCUCCAGUUAGCUGUGUGGAGUACUCCUGCGUUGCAGGGCAAGUAAUCUCUGGAGGCUGGGAUAAUACUAUAAAGUGUUGGGACCCAAAAUCUGGGCCAGGGCAAGCACUUGUUGGGACACAUAACCAACCUGAACGUGUAUACUCACUUUCAAUAGAAGGAUAUAAGUUGGUUGUUGCAACAGCAGGAAGGCAUGUGAAUGUUUAUGAUUUACGCAAUAUGUCUGAACCAGAGCAGCAAAGGGAGUCUCCACUACAACAUCAAACUCGCUGUGUUGAGUGUUAUCCAAAUGGAACUGGCUUUGCUUUGGGUUCUGUUGAGGGGAAAAUUGCAAUGGAAUUCUUUGACCAAUCUGAGUCUGCACUCUCUAAGAGCUAUGUUUUCAAAUGCCAUCGAUUGACUGAGGGCGGAAGAAGGGUUGCAUAUCCUGUCAAUACAAGUACAUUCCACCCAGUCUUUGGAACAUUUGCUACCGGUGGAUGUGAUGGAUUUGUGAACGUUUGGGACGGAAGUUGGAAAAGGAGACUUAUUCAGUACCCCAGGUACCCGACUAGCAUUGCUGCUCUGUCUUUCAACAGGGAUGGCAGUCUGCUCGCUGUUGCAUCCAGUUACACUUACGAGAUGGGAGAAAGGCCCCAUGAGCCUGAUACGAUUUUUAUUCGGGAUGUCAACGAUGUGGAAAUAAGGCCAAGGCCGCGGGCCAACACGAUUCCUGCACUACCACAGUAGCAUCGCCAUCAGUUUGAUAGGAGGCACUGCCUAGCGAGGUCCGUUUUCUUCACCAGGUUGCCUGCUCCGUCCUUGGUAGUAUGAGGCGUACGUACUCACUCAGUUUUAGCUGAAGCUGUACAUUCUGUUGCCUGAUUGAAACCUCGGCUAUGCUCCGUUACACAGGUACAGUAUUACUUGCGGUACAUUAGUAGCUUAGUUAUACAGCCUAUGAGCAUGCCAAAGAAAACUGUAGUUCUGGGAGGGUUAAAUCAUCACUGUAAUUAGCAUUUGCGUACCGAAGAUGCAAAGUCCUAAUCUCUCGGCACAUAUGAACUUAA